AUGGGUGAGAUAUGGGUACUCCUCCUCCUGCCCCUAUCCCUGGCAGCCCUCCAUGGUGUCAAAGGCUGUUUGGACUGUGACCCAAAAUUCAUAGAGGAUAUUAGGACCUUGCUGGCAAGGCUGAUGCCCUCAGAAGUCCCUGGUCGAAAUCAACUGCUUGAACGGCAGCUUAAAGAGAUGGUCUAUUUGAUCUUCAAGGUCUCCCACAGUGACAAGAUGCUUCGGGUAUUGGCUGUUCAAAAGGUUGUCAAGUUGAGAAUAUGGCUGAAGGAUGAACUUUAUAGACUGGGAAAUGAAACAUGGAAAGGUGCCUUCAUCAUUCAAGGCAAGCUUCUCAUGGUCCGCCAAAACCUGGAAUCUAAAUUGAAAGAAACAUUAAAAAGCUUCUCUGAAGUUGCUUGUUCUGAAGAUUGCAUCGUGACUGAGGGUCCCGUCCUUGAUUGCUGGACUUGUCUUCGCAUCAACACCCGCUGUUUCAAAGGAGAAUAUUGUGGAGAGGAUGAUCCCCAAAAGGCAGAGAAUAGAGAGAUUGCACUAUUUCUGAUACUCCUGGCAGAAGCUGUAAUAUUGGCAAGUGCUGUGUUAUUAAUCUAUUUUUGUGUCACUCAUCGGAGGAAAAUGAAGACAAUCCGAAGAACAUUAAAGAAAUAUUUGGAGAAAAAACUUGAAGAAUUAGUGGGGAUGGCAGAUAAGGAAGAAGAGCAAAAAACUUUGGACCCUGAAAAUAAAUACACAGACUCAGAGAGGAGGUCUUUCUCUUAA